AUGUUAAACAGCCCAGGAGUGAGCACCCAGCCCACAUCUCUCCCAGAGACCUCUUGGUAUGUUGGCAUUGAACAACUAAACAUGCUCCUUGCACCUGCCCAGCCAGGUUUUGGAAAAGAAUUAGCAAACCCCAAUGGAUACAAGCUUCAGGUUUGUGUCAAAGAAGGCUCCACCCUCCUGGGAGAUGUACAAGGUGGGGCUCUGAAGAUCAGGAAGACCCUCCCCGAGAGCUUUGUCGGGGACUCCCAGCCCCGACUCCACCAGGGCGUCCCCGCAGUCCUCCCCAGCUCCCAGGUAGACCUCGGGACACAGGCUUCCCGCUUUCCCUGGUUCAGCUGUUCCCCUUUAGAGGCCCUGAUGAACUUGGUGACAUUUAGGGAUGUGGCUGUGGACUUCACCCAGGAGGAGUGGGACCUCUUGGACCCUUCUCAGAAGGAACUCUACAAGGAGGUCAUGCUGGAGAAUGCCCAGAACCUGCUGUCCCUGGAGCUUCCUGUUCCCAGAGAAGAUGAAAUCUCUUAUUUUAAGAAAUUGGAAAGCCCUUGGAUGCUGGAGCAAGAAGGCCUAAGGAGCUGCUCUCCAGAACAACACAUCAGGCUUGAAAUGAAGGAGACUUCGGAGGAGAUAAACCUUUCGGUGGUAGAACCUCACAAGCCCAGAAUCAUAAGUUACUGUGACUUUACUCGGAGAGAAAUCUGCUCUAUACAUGAGAAAAUUCACACUGGCAAGAAAUCUUAUGAAUGUAACCAAUGUGGAAAGGGUUUUACCAAAAAGGGAACCCUUACAAUACAUCAGAGAAUCCACACUGGGGAGAAACCUUAUGAAUGUAACCACUGUGGAAAGACUUUUAGGCAAAAGGGAGUUCUUACUAAACAUCAGAGAAGUCAUGCUGGGGAGAAACCUUAUGAAUGUAACCAAUGAAGAGAGGGUUUUAGAAGAAUGGAAGUCUUAUUGGGCAUCAGAUUAGCCACACUGGACAGAAAUAUAAAUAAUGAAUGUGAAAAGGAUUUGGUAGAAAAUUCUGAUUGAUUUUUGCCAGAUUUGUGAGGAAGUGUAAAUGCAUUCAAAUAAAAAGGAAAAUUAAUUUGGUAGAGAA